AACAGCAGCUCACGAGUUCGAGACCGCAAACCUACCUAACUCAAAAAAAAGCGACAGCAGCGACUAGCGAGCGAGCACACUUACCUCCUUUACGCUUCCGAGGGGGCACUUGCUAUUCUCACUCCUCUUCUCGAAACAUCCACGCGCACACGCGCACACACACCCAAAGCCCUCGCCCUCGUCCUCGUCCUCGUCCUCGUCCUCCCCCAUCCCCCAUCCCCUUCCUCAUACGAUCGCCAUGGAUCCCGACUCCGAGCUCCAAUUCGACUUCUCCCCCUUCGUCCGCCUCUACAAGAGCGGCCGCGUCGAGCGCCUCUUUACCACAUCCUUCGUCCCCGCCUCCCCCGUCGACCCCGAUCCCGCCACCGGCGUCCUCUCCAAGGACGUCCCCAUCGACCCCGACCGCGGCGUCUCCGCUCGCCUCUACCUCCCCGCCGGCGACGGAGCGGCGGCGGCGGAGGCGGCGAAGCUCCCGAUCGUCCUCUACUUCCACGGCGGCGCCUUCUGCGUCGAGUCGGCGUUCUCCCCGCUGUACCACGGCUACCUCAACUCCCUCGUCGCCCGCGCGAGGGUCGUCGCCGUCUCCCUCGAGUACCGCCUCGCCCCGGAGCACCCGCUCCCCGCCGCGUACGACGACGCGUGGGCGGCGCUCCGGUGGGCCGCGGCGAACGACCUCCGCCGCGUCUUCCUCGCCGGGGACAGCGCGGGGGCCAACAUCGCCCACGCCACCGCCAUGAGAGCGACGAAGGAGGCGGAUCUAGGGUUCGGGAUCAAGGGCCUGGUGCUGCUGAACCCGUACUUCGCGGGGGGCGAGGAGCCGAGGGACGCGGGGGCGAGGGCGCGGAUGGAGAGCGCGUGGCGGUUCGUGUGCGCGGGGAGGUACGGGGUCGAGCACCCGCACGCGAACCCGGCGGGGUGGCCGGAGCAGCUGAAGGAGCUGGCGUGCGAGCGCGUGUUGGUGGCGGUGGCCGAGAGGGAUCACCUGCGGGAGCGGGGGAUCGCGUACGCGGAGGGUUUGCGGCGGAGCGGGUGGGCUGGGGAGGUGGAGCUCCACGACGCCGCGGGGGAGGACCACGUCUACUUCCUCUUCAAGCCCCACUGCGACAGAGCUUCGGAUUUGAUGGACACCGUCGUUUCCUUCUUAAACCGCAAUUGAUCUCGCACAUUCUCGAUUUUAAUGCAAGUUUAUCGAAUUAAUUUGAUCUUGAUCUUGAUCUUGAUCUUGUGAAGACAUAUUUUGGGUUGUGCUGUAUCUGGGAAGCGUUUGGUACUAAGCUUUCUCCCCAUAGAAAUUGAGUCGGAUAAAUGAAUAAAUCUUUAAUAUUUUAUUAAAGACUAGAAUGUUAUAAGCGUACUUGUAACAAUGGUUAGAAAAACAAAAUGAUGAGACAGAAGGGGUAGUACAAUUUUAA